GAGUAAGCAAUGCUGAGAAAUUUGAUUAUGUCACACAGUUCUUGAAUCAGAUGGCUGGGAAUGAAUACGUUGGCUUUAAUAAUGCAACGUUUCAGUCCGAAAGAGAAUCGGGAGACAGAAAUUUUGCUAUCGGAUACUACCUCAAGGAGAAGAAGUGUUUUCCAGAAGGAAGUGACAUGACUGGUGUUCUAGAUUUCUACUUCCAAUUGUGUUCCAUUGAAGUAACAUGUGAAUCAGCUAGUGUAAUGGCAGCAACACUUGCCAAUGGUGGAAUCUGUCCAAUCACAGGCGAGAGAGUUCUAAGCCCUGAAGCCGUUAGGAACACGUUAAGUUUGAUGCACUCCUGUGGCAUGUAUGACUUCUCGGGACAGUUUGCCUUUCAUGUGGGUCUUCCAGCAAAAUCUGGAGUUUCUGGUGGUAUUUUGUUGGUCGUGCCCAAUGUGAUGGGCAUUAUGUGUUGGUCUCCACCUUUGGAUAAACUUGGCAACAGUGUAAAGGGAAUUCAGUUCUGCCAGGAUCUCGUUUCUCUGUUUAACUUCCAUAAUUAUGACAACCUGAGACACUUCGCAAAGAAGCAUGAUCCUCGUAGGGAAGGUGGUGAAGUACGGGUGAAGUCCGUGAUCAACCUUCUUUUUGCUGCUUAUACUGGAGAUGUGUCUGCACUCAGAAGAUUUGCUUUGUCUGCCAUGGACAUGGAGCAGAGAGACUAUGAUUCACGAACAGCACUGCAUGUAGCAGCUGCAGAAGGUCACGUGGAGGUGGUUCAGUUUUUGUUAGAAGCAUGCAAAGUAAACCCAUUUCCUAAAGACAGGUGGGGCAAUACACCAGUAGAUGAGGCAAUUCACUUUGGCCACCAUGAUAUUGUAACAAUCCUUCAGGAAUACCAGAGCAAGUACAUGCCCACAGAGGACUCGAACAAUGGAAAAGAAAAACCCUCUAAAGAGAACUUAGACAGCAUGGUCCACUAAACAGAAGAGGCUUCGUGUUUCAUUACUGUAAUUGUUUGUAAGUAAAGGCUUCAAACAAAUGUAAAUGAUUCAGUAUCAAAAAUAUUGUACUAUCUAUCAAGUUCACAAUUCUUUCUCAGGAAUAGGAAUACUUAUCGGCAAGUCUGGAAUAAAUAUUCCUGAAAAUUUAGUUGUUUUACAAAUACAUAAGUAGUUACUGGCAUUUUCGAACAGUUUUCUUUCAAGUAACAAUGCAAGAUUUUUAAUUUUCUCUUGUGUUGGAACUGGUCCAAUGACUUAUAGUAAUGCUUAGUGCUGUACUUCAGAAAUAUAGUUAAGAUGUGCAGUCCCUUGUCAUUACUGCUUUUCAGAGCUGUUAGAUUGUUAUUUGAAUUAAGGCUUGACUAUUUUGUACAAUCUAAUUCCAUUGGAUCAUGUUAAUAGUCUGUGAACUUUCAAAAAGCAUAUAUAGUUCCAGACUGCAUGGUACAUUGCUUUACAUACAAUACAGGCAUAAAUGGAGUUGAACCGGGAGAACUACAGAUGCUACAAAGACAGCAAUUGCUGGACAGUCUCAGCAGAUCUGGCAGCAUCUGUGAAGAGAAAUCAGAGUUAAGGAUCUGAAACGUUGACUCUGGUUUCUCUUCACAGAUGCUGCCAGACCUGCUGAGCGUUUCCAGCAAUUUCUGUUUACAUUAGCUGAGUUUGUUAGUUUACAUCAUUAUGAUUACCUGGAAAUGCAAUUUUUUCUUGUAAUAGUAUUUAUUAUGGAGAACUUUUAAAAUGUAUCACACAAAACAGGAAAAGGCAUUUGAACCCUCAAAGUCUACUUCUUCCAUGGACCAUAUGCAAUGUACUUGAACAGACUAACCUAGUUAAUCAUCUGAAGUAACACCUGCACACCCAAAGAUAAUUGAGCAGAAUUAGAAUGUUUAUCAUCCUAUUUCUAUUGGGGAAUUUGACUUGAUUUUCUUUUCUCCUUUUAAAACUUGAUGAAGGGUACAGAUAGUAAUGCACGAUGCUACAAGGGCUGUGGAACCAUGUACAAAAGUAAAUUUGCAUUUUAUUUCCAUAUAGUUGGAGUUAUUUCUUAAUUGAUAACCUAGUUGGAGCAUUCAAGAAAGUUUUCUCUGCCAUGUUUUGUAUGAAUCAUUUGUAUUUGUGUAGGAUUCCAGUUUAAUAGUAGCAUUUGAUGCUUAAUGUUGUGAUGAAUGACCUGAACUGCCUAAGUUUGCUUGGUGCAAUUGUCUGUGUCUGUGUAUGUGAAUACUUAGAAUUGUAUUAGAUGGAUGGGUAGCAUUUCAGCAUAUUUUUGUUCAUUUAAAUUUUAAAAUAUAUAUUUCUAUCCAUUGCUGUAAUUGCAUUGUGAGUUGCUGCACUAUAAAAUGGAUCUUUUCAAUAAGUGUACCUAUUUCUGUUACAACAGUCAAAACAGCCUGCUUAUGCUUCUGCCUUACUCAUUAUAGGGCAGGACUAGCCUCUGCUUAUGUUUAAACUGCUAUUCAGACUGUGACCGUAAUUGUAUUUUUCCACAUUGUGACAUGACUGCCUUUUCAAGCAUGGCAGAUUGAUGAUGUUUAAUGUACUUGCUAACAGCAAUCUAUUUUCAGUGCAUUGUUCCAUAUUUCAAUCUGAAAUGUUAUUUUUGAAGUGUUGCUGGCAAUGCAGAGUAUUUAUCUAAAAGAAGCAAAUCAAGUGUGUUAAAUACACAAAUAAAAACGCAAAA